AUGUUUGAGGCGAUGUGUACGCUGAGGAUCGACACAAGCAUCACAACCAAAGAUACUGGCAAUAAACGAGUGGCCGAGAAAGAGAACGAUGCGAUGCUGGAGGGUCUGCCUCCACUGUGGAACGAUAAUUCGCCACCAUCGGAUUCACGAGAUGCGGCAACACGUGCAGAUGGCAAGGACAAAUGGCCAGAAGCACCAUCAUCGUCCUCUUCCGAUGAUAAUUGGGCUGAUUUUACGGCGAUGAAACCGGAUGAUUGGCCACCGCCGCAAUCACAAUCGGAAGAUGCCUGGCAGGUGGAUGAUGGCGAAAACACAGUGCUUAGCCCCACGGCAGCAGCAGUAACUGGUGGAAUUGUGUCAGUUAUUAUGGCCGGAGCAACAUCUAACAAGUUCGAAGGGCCUGGUACAGUUACGCGUGAUUCAAUUCAACUUAACCGUGAUUAA